UGUUUUAACUGCAUGUUCAAAGUGCGAUUGUAAGCCUUUUUCGACUGUUUAGCACGCAGGAGGAAUUGCGCUUCAUUUUGUUUUUUACCGUGAUCGGAUAGGCAAAAGAGCCAUUUUUGAUUUUGGCAAAGUUUAUGCUGCACUACCAUAAUCAAACAGCAGCAUAUUAAAGUUUUGCAUGUAAGUUCUGUUUAAUUCAGCACUAACACUAAUCAUCGGCGGCAUUUUUUUGUCUGCUUCAUCGCACCGCCGAAACAAAUCGUAUUCUUGCUUGUGUUUUUCGUUCCGCACGAAGCGGAAUAGGCAAAAGUGUUUUGUUGUUCACAGCUGUUUUUUUUUAUGUUGAGUUGUGUGGAGAUCAAAUUCAGUUUGUUUUGAUUUGAUCGCACCAGUGAAAUAUACACUGAAAAAAAAUAUUUUUGUAAUUUUGCACACUAGUACAAGUUUUAGUUUGUCAAUUUUUUUUUAUUUUUUUUUCUUCAUCAUGUCAAGUAUGCCGUUAGUGAAUCAAAUCGAGCCGUACGUUCCUGGUACUAUUCCGUUUGCGCAGUUUUUGGAACAGUUGGACUGGGUGUUUGCGCAUCAUAAAGUGGUUGAUCCGGCGGAGCAAAAAGUUUCGUUUCUCGCUACCUGUAGCAGGGAAGUCUACAGCGAGAUAAAGCUUCUUUUCCCUGGCAAGGAUUUGAAAGCUUUAUCGUUUAAGGAGAUUACGGAUGCUCUUAAAAAACGGUAUGACAAGACGGAAAGCGAUUUGAUCCAUCGCUACAGAUUCUACAAACGCGAACAAGGGCCGAAUGAAACAGCUGUGGAUUUCAUACUAGCUGUUAAGCUCCAAGCAGAGUUGUGUGAAUUCGGACAGUUUAAGGAUAUGGCGAUUCGCGAUAAGUUGGUUUGUGGAAUCCGCGAUGAGGAGCUACAAAGGCGUUUGUUUGAUGAGGACGAUCUAACCUUGGCGAAAACGGAGAAACUCAUCACGAAUACGGAAGCAGCAGGAGAGAGGGUGAAAAUAAUCUCUCGAGAUUCCAGUUCGCGCCGUACGAGCGUGUUGAACAGGCUUGGGAAUCGGGACAAUCGGUCUGAUUUCCGAGAUCGCUCGCGUGGACGGAGUCGUCAGCCUAGCAGAGGAAGGAGCAGAAGCCGAUCAGUUUCGUUUGACCGUAAAAAUCGUUCCACUUCAAAGUCACGAAAUCUGUUUUGCAAUUUCUGUCGUAGAAGUGGACAUACACGUCGUUUUUGUUACGACUUGAAAAACAAGAAAAAGUCAGUGAAGUUUGUCGAUUCUCCAGCAGCAAAGCCAAAAUUGAACGAGUAUCAGAAAAGUUUGAGACGUCGAUUGAAUAGAUCCGUCUCGGAUGACGACGACAUGGACUGUUUGAUGAUAUCAUCAGUCAAUAGAAUCAACGAACCGUGUUUCCGUAACGUUUUCGUUGACGGCUUGCGGUUGAAGAUGGAAGUUGAUUGUGGCGCUGCAGUCUCCGUCAUCAGUUUGGAGAUGUACGAGGGAGAAUUCGAUCACAUACCUUUAGAGACGUGCGACAAGAAAUUAGCAGUGAUCAAUGGCAGUAAAUUGAAGGUGGAAGGAGAAAUAACAGUAAAAGUUGAGUUUAACGGCCAAGCGAAAACUGUUCAACUGAUCGUUUUGCGAAGUGGAAGUUGCUUCACACCUUUGUUGGGACGAGACUGGCUGGAUGUAUUCAUUCCUGACUGGAGGAAGGCGUUUGGAAGCAGCAUCAAUCAACUGGCAGUUUGCCCGGACCAGAUUGUUGCAGAGAUACAGAGUUUCCGUCGGAGGUCGGGUGUAUCUGGCGCACCGCAAUCAGCUGAAGCUGGUUGGAGCUCGCAGAAAUCGUCACGGUUUGAUUUUUGCGAGGGAGGAAGGAAGGAGUGUUAACCGGAAAAGAGCGCGCGAUGACGAUGACGAUGAAAGCGUUGACGACGAUGCUGGCGGAUUCCUUGGUUUCGCAGCAGAUUCGUAUAUCUACCGAGGCACAUCUGACGAUCAUCCAAUGGUUUGUGAUUCGGAAGGUGGCGGCACAUCGGCGUGUUUACCGCCUGAGGAAGUUGAUCCCCAGGAGGGCCCAUCUACGCGACAGUGGUCGCAAUCGAAUCAACCGUCAAGUUCGAGUUGUCAUCCAGAAAGUUUGCGUCGCUCUAGUAGACCGAAGCGUCCUAAAAGGGAUGUCGAUUUUAUAUAUUAAAACUAACAUAAGUUUGAGCUUGUGGCAGUAUUGUUUCGCCACUGUCUGAAAAAAAAGUUAAAGCGGCAGUCAUGUUUAACCGCAUUCAAAAAAAAAAAAUGAAUACCUAUAUGGCAGUGAAGUUUGGCCAUUUUCAGAAAAAUAUUGUUUAAACUAAAGGGGGGAGAACUGUGGUGACCACCCUAGAAUACAACCCUGUCUGAACAACUGGCUGGCUCAGUGUUCUGA